AUGCCCCAGUGUCGCCUCACGUUGCAGGACGGAAAUUCUGGGGCGUGGAGCCUGGGCGACUGCUUCUCAAGCUCUAUUUUUAGUUGCAGCCCGGCGACCCCCGCCCUGGGACCCCCGCCCCGGGACCUGCGCCUGGAGCCAUCCUUCCGGCUGGUCUGUCAGCCCGAGGAAAGGAUAAAUGGAGGCCCCCCCACUUAUCCCGUAGUUGUCCCUCAGGAGGGAACCCAAGCGUCCGAUAUCCUAGUCACUAUGACCGCUGCUAUUGCUUGCCUCCAGCUUUUGGCUGCAGCGGCAGGUGAGCUAGACAGGAGCGCUCCCAGCUCUCUCACCCCGGACCUCUCGAGUCUGUCCCCCUGUAGUCUCCUCCCUUUGCUCCCCACCUGCCUCUCCCUCACUCCUCUGUUCUUCGGACCGGCCGGUCCGUUAUUGGCAGCGUCUGGCGGGGAAGUCGAGGCUCGCCUUCGCUGGCUCGCACCCGAUGGGGAGGAGGUGACUCUUGGAGGGUCCCCCUUCUCGGCCGAGGCUUCCGUGGGGCUGCGGGUGAUCCUAAGCGAGCCAGCUCAGGAGAAGCCCCGGAGCCUUAGCCUUAUCCUCAGUCCCCCCGUUGGGGAGGAGGGCUCUGUCGCAGAGCUGCAGUGCAAGGUGUCAGGGAUCCCCCGGCCCAACAUUACCUGGGAGCAUCAGGGCUUGGUCUCUUCUGCUCCCUUAGGUCGGGCGACCGUGCACGGUGAGACGCUGAUUAUCCGAGAACCGGAGCCGUCGGAUGCCGGGGUUUACCCUUGCGAGGCGUCCAUAGCCGAGCGCACGGAGAGCGCAGGGGAGAACAUGAUGCUGAGUGACUUGUGAGCAGACAGCGGGCGGCGGGGGGGACACAGCUCGGGUUUGGGGGUGUCCUUAACCUUUCGGGGCCAGUUCAUUCAUACUCCCACUCCCUCCUUUCCCUUCCGCCUCUCAGUCCGUCCCCGACUGGAGGGACCCAAGGGGAACGCGGUGCGGACGCGCCGGGGACGGCUAACCACCCUGACCAUGUGGGUGCACUGGGAGCCGCUCCCGGAGCUCAACUUCUCUUGGAGUGGGAGCAGCCUCCAGGAAAUUCGCCAGGGGGCACCACACACACACGCAUCUUCCAGGUGAGGGUACUGGGGUCUGGGUCCCUGGGGCGGUGGGGAAUAGGUCCAAGAGCUAAGCUCCCCUCCCGUUUCUGUCCUGCUGCCUCGGUUCACCCCUAAGGAGGAGACAGAUUUCACCCCAGUGAAGUUCCUGGGCUCCAGUCCCUUUGGCACCUCGGAACUGGAGAACCGGGUGCUGGAAGGUGAGCCCGAGGCUGGGGAUCCGAACCCCGAAAUCUGCGUCCCUUCCUCUCUUGAGUUUUCUGAAUCCUUAAGGGAGCGGCGAUGGGGGCUGGGAACCUGAGCUUCUGGGGGGCUUUAUUCGGAACUGGGGGGGUCCCCUCUUCAGUCCUCGUUACUUUGUCUUUUAGCCUCAGUACCAGGGACUUUCAGGCACUGAGUUUGGGUGCGCUUGGGAGCCUGGAAGCCUGAGUGUCUGAAGGUGAAGGAGCCUUUUAGCCGGGGUGGCGGAGCCGCAAUUGUUGAGGAUGUGGGAUCCAGGAUACCGGUGUCCUUAAAGGGGGGAGCCAGGAGAUCUAGAAUAAACGGCUUCUCCUUUCCCUCUCCCCAAAAAUCUGCGGGUGCAUUUAUUUCCUUUUUUCUUCUACCCUCUCCCCCCAGAAUCACCCUCCACAGUGCUGGGUCUUGGGGCCAUUUCAGGGCUUGCUUUGGCCCUUCUACUCAUCCUGGCCUUGGGAGUAGACGCCCUGUGCUGCUAUUCUCGACGUGUGGGACUAUUUGCCCGGGCUUUCCAUUGCUUUAAGAGAGCAGGACGAGAAUGGUGAGCCGGGAUGAGAGGGGGGAGAAGCAGGAAAAGGG